AAUCAGUUUUGCAAAAGUUAACCGCAUUUUGGUUUUUGGGAACCUCCGUAACGCGUCAUGUACGACGUACGGUUCAGUUUUUGUGCGGUGGUGGUUAUAUUUGCGUUAAGGGGUUCAACAGAAACAAAUGACAAUUUAAAUCUUGAUAAGGUAUUCCGUACGCCAAAAGAUUUCUCUAGAGUCAAUUUCGAUCAUUUAGAAAUUUUGGAAAGAAAUAAUUUCGACCCAGUGACCAACAACAGAGAAAAUGAAGAAUUAUCGGUACAUUCAAAAUUGCAUCCAAAAUCAGUCGCCAACGCACAAGUGAUGCUAAGGUUUGGAGGAGAUGACAUCAAAGGAACAAACUCUAUAGAUAGAAAUCGAUCACCGGGUAUCGUAACAAAAGUUGGACAUCCGUACGCUCUACAACCCAGUCAUCACCAUCAUGAAGCUCACCACCAUGCUACCAACGAGAUUAGAACUCCAUACCACCCUAAUCCAUAUGCACAGCCAUAUGGUCAUCUACCCGUUGGACAAUUUCCUUAUUCGCCAUAUUUACCUUUUGGAUUGCCACCCAGCGCUUACUAUUCUGGAUAUUACUACCCACCAGCACCUUAUUACAACAAAAUGCCAGGAGGUAUGCCCAAUGAAUCUUCGUACGCAGGACGACAUCCUUUUUUAGGGGGGACGCUCCAAACAAACAUCGCAAGCGUCAUAAACGUAAAUCAUCCAAAAAUACUAAAAACCUCGGAUCUCACCAACGACAUCAUUCCAGAAAACAACGAAAACACAAAUCCAAAAGAUAAUCAAGGACCAAUUAUGUUUCCGUACUAUCCAGGAAUAAACGUUAAGUCCAGGCCUCCAGAAAUGAUGCACUUUCAGAAGGGAAAUCAAGGUCAGGCGUAUAAUCCAUUAGAUUUCUUGGAGCCUACAAAAGCUAAUGAACCACCACCAGUUCAACCAAUUUCUCCAAAUGAACCUGCUGGAUCUAAUCCACCUCAUGGCAAUCACCACCAAAUACCACAUCGUCCUAUUGACCAUCCAAAAAAAAAACCUUCUACAGAAUAUUCAAUUGAUCUUCCUGAUACUCAUAAAGAUAAUCCAAUAAAUAUUCACUCAGUUCAUAAAGAUACAGGAAUAGAUAUACAUCACAUCGUUAAAGAAGAACCUGUUAAAUUAACCAAGUUCGAAAAAGAUGAUGUUAUUCAAAUAGGACACAAUCAAAAAGAAGCUCCUACAAACAUUAACCCUAGUGAUAAAGAUAUUGAAGGUCCAGUUAUGUUUCCGUACUAUUCAGGAAUAAGCGUUAAGUCCAGGCCUCCAGAAAUUAUGCAAUUCCAAAAGGGAUAUCAAGGUGAGAAGUAUGAUCCAUUAGAUUUCUUGGAUUCUCCAAAACCUAAUGAAGUGCCACCAGUUCAACCGAUUCCUCCAACCGGAUCUAUCGCUAAAGAAGAACCUGUUAAAUUAUCAAAAUGGGAAAAAGAUUACAUACUGCAGUUAGGAGGACAUCACAAAGACCACCCUACAAAUAUUAGCCCUAGUGAUAAAGAUACACCAAUAGAUAUGCAUCAAAUGGGUAAAGAAGAACCUGUUAAAUUAUCUAAAUGGGAAAAAGAUUAUAUACUACAGUUGGGAGGAUAUCACAAAGACCAGCCCACAAAUAUUAACCCUAUUGAUAAAGAUACACCAAUAGAUAUGCAUCAUAUAGGUAAAGAAGAACCUGUUAAAUUGUCUAAAUGGGAAAAAGAUUAUAUACUGCAGUUAGGAGGACAUCACAAAGACCAUCCCACAAAUAUUAACCCUAUUAACAAAGACCUACCACUAGAUAUUCACCAUCCAGGCAAAGACGAUUCUGUUAAAUUAUCCAAGUUCGAAAAAGAUUCUCUUAUUCAAAUAGGACACCAUCACAAAGAAGGUCCAACACACAUUAUUCCUAUUGAUAAAGAUACACCAAUAAAUAUGCAUCACACUGGUAAAGAGGAAUCUAUUAAAUUGUCUAAAUUAGAAAAAGAUAACGUAUUGCAAUUAGGACACUUCCAUAAAGAUAGUCCUACAAAUAUCAACCCUAUUGACAAAGAUCUACCUCUUGAUCUACACCAUGUUGGCAAAGAAGGCCCUGUUAGUUUUUCGAAGUUUGAAAAAGAUAAUAUUAUUCAAAUAGGAAACAAUCACAAAGAAGCUCCAACCAACAUUAACCAUGUAGAUAAGGACGACUUAAUUGAUAUAAUUCAUGGACAAAAAGAUGAUCCUACUGACAUUUAUCCAGUCGAUAAAGAAAGUCCAUUUAACAUUCCACAUGUCCUUAAAGAAUCACCAAUUGUUAUAAAUCCAGUAGACAAAAAAUCCACAGAACCAAUCCAUGUUCAUUCACAUUACGAAGUCCAUGAACAAGAAUUGGAACCAUCAAAGCAUUUAUUAGUACCUCACAAUUUGGAUACAAAGCCAGUCCAUGAAGAAGAACUUACAGAAGAAGAACAUACAGAAGAUACGAAACCAUUACAUUCGCACCAUCAUUGUGAGUGUGAAGAUAAGAAACAUGUCCCUGACGAUACCAAGAAUCCACAUCAAUCACAUCAUCGUCAUCAUCACCACCACCACCAUCACCACCAUCAUUCUCGACCAAAAAAGAUUGAUGACGAGAAAUCCCACAUUCUUCGGAUUCCUCCGAAAAAUUCUAAAGACCUUGGCCCUAUAAAGAAAGAGUCAGACAUUGAAAUUGAACGACCAGAAAAAGAUUCAUCAUUAAAUAUCGAAGAUGUUGAUAGAGAUUGUACAGCUGAUGACCAAUCAGAAGAAGAUUCGCAAGUUGAUAUCUACCCAUUAGACAACGAUUGUCCAGUUGAAGAAGAUUCACCAAUUGAUAUAUAUCCAGUUGAUAAAGAUUGGCCCAUGGAUAUUGAUGUUGAUAAAGAAGCAACAGUUAAUAUCAGACCAGUGAAUAAAGAUAUUCCAAUACAUUUCGAGUACGUAGAUAAGGAUAAACCUUUUGACAUUUAUCAUGUAGAUAAAGAUUUACCUAUUGACAUUGAGGUAGAUAAAGAAGGAAAUGUUGAUAUUUGUCCUAUAGAUAAAGAUCAACCUUUUGAUAUAGAACCAAUAGGCAAAGAAUCAGCUAUGGAUAUAUUCCCAAUUGACAAAGAUUUACCAAUUGCCAUUGAUGUAGAUAAAGAAGGAAAUGUUGAUAUUUAUCGUAUAGAUAAAGAUCAACCUCUUGAUAUUGAACCAAUAGGCAAAGAAUCAGCUAUGGAUAUAUUCCCAAUUGACAAAGAGUUACCAAUUGCCAUUGAUGUAGAUAAAGAAGGAAAUGUUGAUAUAUACCCUAUAGAUAAAGAUCAACCUCUUGAUAUUGAACCAAUAGGCAAAGAAUCAGCUAUGGAUAUAUUCUCGAUAGACAAAGACUUACCAAUUGCCAUCGAUCAUGUAGACAAAGAAGGGAAUGUUGACAUUGAACCUGUCAAAAAAGAUUUACCGUUUGGAUUUGAAGUAAACAAAGAAUCUUCAAUUAAUAUUUUAGAAGAAAAUAAAGAUAGACCAUUAGAAAUAAAUGCGGUAAAAAAAGAUGCACCUAUACAUAUAUUAUCAGUAAAAAAAGAAACUCCUAUUGAUAUAUCGGUCAACAAGGAGAUUGCUGUCGACAUUCAAUCUGCGAAGAAGGAGUCUCCUAUAGAAAUAUUCGUUGACAAGGAACCAUCACUUGAUAUUCAAUAUGUGGACAAAGAGGCUCCUAUUGAUAUAUUGGCAGAUAAAGAAGGUUUAAUCACCAUUCAUUCUUGGGAUAAAGAAACUCCAAUUGAUAUAUUAGCGGAUAAAGAAGGUUCAGUUCAUAUUCAAGAAGUUGACAAAGAUAAACCAAUUGAUAUAUCCUCAAUUAAAGAUGGAACUGCUUAUAUUCAAUAUGUGGAUAAGGAUACACCAAUCUACAUAUCACCAAAUAAAGAAUCAUCUCUAACUUUCCAGUCCAUAGAUAAUGAUAGACCAAUUGAUUUAUCAUCAAAUAAAGAAUCAUCUAUCCUCAUAGACGUUCUUGAUAAUGAUAGACCGAUUGAUAUAUCACCAAAUAAAGAGUCAUCUGUCGUUAUCCAAUCUAUUGAUAAUGACAGGCCUAUUGAUAUAUUAGCCAAAAAAGAAUCUUCUCUGUUCCUUCAACCUGUGGAUAAAGAAGAACCUAUUGCGAUAACAGAAAAUAAGGAAGCUCCAGUUUAUAUACAACAAGUUAAAAAAGAGACGCCGAUUGAUAUAUUAGAAAACAAUGAGGGUUCUAUUUAUAUACAACCUGUAUAUAAAGAAACACCUGUUGAUAUAGAAUAUAAAAAGGAAGCUCCUAUGUAUAUUCAGCCUGUAUAUAAAGAAACACCUAUUGAUAUAGAAUCAAAUAAAGAAACUAUCUAUCUACAACCUGUAUAUAAAGAAACACCUGUUGAUAUAGAAUCAAAUAAAGAAUCCCCUAUGUAUAUACAAUCGGUUAAAAAGGAAACACCUAUUGACGUUGACGUAAACAAAGAAGGAUCUAUUUACAUUCAACCAGUCUAUGAAGAAACACCCAUAGAUAUAUCAGCCAAAAAAGAAUCUUCUAUUUACAUUCAACCUGUUUAUAAAGAAACACCAAUCGAUAUAGAAAGAAAUAAUGAUGUUCCAGUUUAUAUACAACCUGUAGAAAAAGAUGAACCUAUAGGUAUAUUGCCAGUAGAAAAAGAUUCUCCAAUCUGCUCACCUGAAGUAAAGAAAGACGAACCCAUUUAUAUACCUCCAGUGUGUAUCAAUGAAGAAGAUGUAUACGAAGUAGUAACACCAGAUCACCAUCACCACAGGUACAGACCACCAGUUUCUGCUUCACAAUAUGAAGUUGUUGAACCCAUGGAUGAAGGUGUAUGCGAAUGUUUAUCACCCGAUCAGUAUGAGGUUGUUGAACCUAAUGAGGAUAAUUAUCAACAACCUGAUAAUAACAUACGUCCAGUAGAAGAACCAAGUUGUUAUGAUGUUGGAGAAACAGAUGAAAUUAAAUAUGAAGCUCCAAUUGAAAUAAAACGCCCUGACAAUGAGUACUAUGUAGUUGAAAAUAACGAUGACGGUCCAGUCGACAUUGUUUUAUUACCAGAGGAAGGCACCUGCUCAUUUAAUGACGAAGUGAAGCAAGUAGAACCUCUUUACAUUGAACCAGUCAAUAAAAAAUGCAGUUCAAUUGAUGAAUUAGCCAACGAACCAAUCGAUUUUUGCUCAUUUAGUGAUGAUAACAGUAACACAGGUGAGGUGAAGCAAGAAGAACCCCUUUACAUUGAACCAGUUAAUCAGGAAUGCAGUUCAAUUGAUGAAUUAGCUAACGAACCAAUCGAUUUCUGCUCAUUUAGUGAUGAUAGCAGUAACACAGGUGAAGUGAAGCAAGAAGAACCCCUUUACAUUGAAUCGGUUAAUAAAGAAUGCGGUCCAAUUGAGAUGUUAGCCAAAGAACCAAACGUGGUAACUUGGGACACCAUUGAACAAGGAUCACUGCCAGAAUGUCCGUGUCCAACACCUCAUAAAGUGCAUUACAUAGACGUUGAGUUAUCGCAACCACAUCAAGGAUGUGAAGAAGUUGAAGAAUGGUUAAAUAAAUCGCUAAUACCAUACGAAUGCGGUAAAUGUGGAAAGAAAAUGUUAGUAACCUAUCCUAUAACCGAAGAUUUAGCAACGCAUGUGAUAUCAGCUCCAGAAUUUGAAGAUACUGACGUGUCAGACUCAAAAUGCCCCUGUUGUCAGUUGAAAGGAUUCUGCGAUUGUAAAAAUUGUCAGUGUGGAAGAGACCCAAUUGUCCCGUAUGGUAAGAGGUUUAGCGAAGACGUGGAUUCUUUGUUAAGGGUAGUUCAUGCUAAACCUGACUGGACUCCUACAUACCCACAUCGAAUUUGGGAUCAUCUGGAAGCCAGUCCUUACUCUACAGGGUUCGCUCAUUCUUAUAAAACCACUUCGUCUUUGGGUUUUACAAAAGUGGGCAAUCAGGAACCAAAAGUAACGUUUAAUGGUUAUUCGUCACAUUCUGGUGGAGGAUAUUACUCAGAUCCUUUCAAGAGUGUAUUAUAUAGACAACCAACGGUCCUUGAUGUGGUUUCAAAGCCUAAUCCUUGUAAAUCGGAUUUGGAAUUGAAACAAUUUGAGCGGCCUCAGAUGUAUAAGAUCGUUCCUAAAUACGAAAUAAUUCCUAGAGAGAUUAAACCUCUAGAGAUACCCAAACUGUUGCCCACAGAGAGUUUUAUGUGCUGCAAGUUAGCUCCUCCGCAUGACAAUAAAAUGGUCUGCCAAAGACAGUACAUUGCUGGCGACCAACAUGUGUUGAUAGAGAGAGAUGAGGCGUGAAACUUAGAUAAAUUUCGUAAUUUUUAAUUUACUGUGAUUUAGUGUAUUAUUUCGUAAAAUUUUGAUUAUAUUUAUUUUAUUUGUAGUAUGUAGCGUGUA